AUGACUACCAUUCUCGACCAGCACAUUGGUCCGGUGGGCUAUGGCCUCAUGGGCUUGACAAGACCAGUUGGCCCAAUACCCCAGGAAGAUGCAUUUGCAGCAAUGAAUGCAGCUCUUGAAAGUGGUGCAAACUACUGGAAUGGCGGAGAAUUCUACGGCACCCCCGACCACAACACUUUGCAUCUUCUGAACGCAUAUUUCACAAAAUACCCAGAAAAGGCUUCAAGCAUUGUGCUCGCUAUCAAAGGAGCUCGUAUACCUGGCACAUUGAUCUUUGAUGGUAGUGAGAAGGGCGUUCGGCGAUCGGUUGACGAAUGCAAUCGGAUCCUUGAAGGCAAAAAAAGCCUUGAUAUCUUCGAAUGUGCUCGUAUCGAUACGAAAACUCCUAUUGAGGAGACUGUUAGAGUGCUAGGGGAGUUAGUGAAGGAAGGUAAAAUAGGUGGUAUUGGCCUCAGCGAGGUCAAGGAAGAGACGAUUCGUCGGGCAGCCAAGGUCCACCACAUUACUCAAGUGGAAGUGGAGUUGUCACUGUGGUCGCCAGACAUUCUGCACAAUGGAGUCGUACGAACUUGUGCUGAGCUAGGCAUCCCAAUAAUGGCAUAUGCACCUUUGAGCCGUGGUGGCCUUACAAUGGAACUGCCGGAGAAGGCGGAAGACUUGCCGCCGCACUUGCGAAAUUUCCCCAGGUUUCAAGGGGAUGCGUUGAAAGCAAAUCGACAACUCACGCAAGAAGUUCAGAAACUUGCCACAGAGAAGGGCUGCUCGGUACCUCAGAUCGCCAUAAACUGGGUUCGCGCGCAGAGUGGAAGGAACGGGAAUGGUGUCAUUAUCCCUAUACCAGGCGCAGAGAAGCCAGAGUGGGCGGCAGAAAACUGUAGACAGAUCAACCUCACAGAAGAAGACUUGCAAAAGCUGGACGACAUCUCAAAACGCAUACCUAUUCAAGGCGGAAGAUAUGCUGAGGCUGAAAGUAAAUUAAGCGAGGGAUAA